AUGGCCACAUUCGCGAAUGAAUAUUUUUUUUAUGUGAUUAGGUAAGCUCACAAUAACUCAAUGUAUGAAAAUUCAGGCAAUGGAAACCCCGUCGUUAUAUCUACCAGAGUCAUGGAAGGACGAUGUCACAAUGCACAGCAUGAUGUCAGUAAUAAAGGUGAUAUUUUUCAUCGGUUCUAUUAAAGAAAUCGGUGUUAUAGGAAAGAUAUGUUAAUUCCGUUGACCACGAUCGAAAGAUCAAGUUUUGGUCUGAGGCGAUCGCUGCCAGUUGCCUUGGCGAGAGAAGUUCCGUGUUUGACUUGAAUGUUCUGAAAAGGAGAUUUCGAAGAGGUGACAGGAUACCGGCCAGUCUUGAUAUUGUCAUUGAAGAAAUGAAAAGGUAGUAUUUUACAAUUUCAUCGUGUUUUAGUUGUUCUGAUAUCAGAAAUGGGACAGCUGUGUCUCAAAUGGAUUGGCGCUCGCAACAUUCUGGUUGGAUAGGAUGGGGCAUAUCCAAAACGAAAAGCUGGAUGUACGGAAAUAAAAACGAUGCUGAGCGACUGAUUCAUUUGCCGACCCUCAAGGUAAGGUUUUUCUCAGAGUUGUGCUCUAUGCCAGUCGCGCUGGCCAUAGUUUUGCAACGUGGUCGAGAAUUCGCCAGUUUUCAAACCUUUUUGUCUCGAAAGUUUCACGGAAUGUGUUUAUGGGGGAGAGAGUAAACGGAAAUUGUUAUUUAGAGAAACUAGGGGAUGUAAAUUAUCAAAGGAGAUAAAAAAAAAAGUUCGCGAUUGUGGGCCGAUUCGACUAUCUGCCUCGGCCCAACGCACAGCUCUGGCUGCUGAGCAGAUAUGUUAAAAUGAAGUAUAAGGGAAAAAAUCCGCAGAGUAACGACUAAUAAAGAAAUCUAUUGAUCGAAAAAAAGGAAAAUUCAUUUAUAUCAUUGAAUACCUGUGAAGAAAUCUUCUAACAGUGUGACCGCUUCGCGGGGCGAGGCUUCCGGUCUGAUCAGCAGCUCUGCUUGCUCCGAAAAAAUGAGAUAGCUCAUCUGGUUUCACGAAUCCUUAUUGUUCGAUCAUCAUUGUUGAACUCCGAUCAGUUUCUAGACCCCAUUUCCGAGUGUAGAAAAGGAAACUUAUUUUAUUAAAUCCCUCUCUAAUCUCUGAAGUAUGUAUAUCUUUUUUCGGUUUAAUAAAGUCUGAAGGCUCUUCCAUUCUACGUAUCUGGAAAUUUCUCGCAAACUAUGAUUUAUUUGACUGCUUCAUGCGCAUUGAAAGACAGCGAAUUUGGAUUACUAACUUUCGAAAUGGAAAAAUAUUUUUUUUUCAGAAACAAGCAGAACGUUUGCUAAAAGUUUACAACGACGAACUCCGAUCAGAAGUUGAUUGCUCCGGAGAAUUGAUUGGUUACGUUGAACUUUACGACCUCUCAACUGGUUUCAUUUGUAACACUGUGAGAGAUAUCUUCUUAAAAAUUAUUUCGAAAACUGGUUCUUUCAGGAAAACUUCGAUAUGGUGUUAGAUCAUCUGGUUGACAUCGGAGAACUUACAAUAGGAGCUGCGAAAAAUGGCGAUAAAAUUUUGAAGUUCAAGGUUAGCGAAAGACGUUUUUUUUUAACAAUAACUCUAGUGAGCAGUAUCAGGGCCGUAGUUGUACGAGAGAUUAUAUCUACCCUAAUGGGUUUUUUUUAUCAAUGGAAAUGCACAGGCGAAUCGAGAGGGUGCCAUAAUGUGUCGACAAAGAUACCUCUCAAAAUGGAUCGUGAAGACCUCAUAAUGUGUGCAUCGUGAGAACUCCGGCAUACUUUUUAGCUAUAUCUAAGCUAUUUCGAAGGUACUUGAGAGUCUCCCUCAAUCUCAUUUUGCUCAAAGUCCUCAGUGGCAUACUCGAGGUACCAUCUUGAGACUUCAGAGCCUGCGAUUCCAAUGGCAGUCAAAAAAAUAGUUUUUUUGUCUUUCGGAUCACAUACCAAUCUCGUUACUUGCCAAGCCUUGUACUCUUCUUGUUUCCCUUCGAUUUUAACCACUAGUCAUAAAAAAUCCUUUAUGAGUUGUUCAAAGGCAGAGAGGUCCGAAAUGAACUAGAGUAUCACUACAAACAGCUCAUCGCCUCGAUUAUUUUAAUUCCGCCACAUAAAAGAACUUUAUCAAUACAAAAUUUAUCGAAAAAAAACUGUAAUAUUGGAAAAACUAUGAGUUUGAAGGAUAUUUCGAGCAAAGAACCGGUUUGCUUCACUGAAACUGACGCAAGUUUACACGACAUCCGCCGAGCGAUGGGAAAAGUAGAGAAGGAGAUAAAUUCGUUGGAGCUCAAAGUCAAAAGGUGAGUUCUUCCCCCGAAUAAUUUAAUAAAAGUCUUCGAAGAUAUGACCAGCAAUGCCGAGCUGCUCUUCGUUCCGGAGAAAAAAGCAAAGCGGCAAACCUUCUGCGCCAGAAAAAACGGACCGAAAAAGAUAUUUCGGACAAGGAUGGGCAGUAUCAACGCUUGUUGACCAUGCUUCAUCAAAUCUCAUCAGCGAAGGUAGCGUAUAUCAGAAUCUUGGUUGAUAAUUUGUUUGAAGCAUAACCGAGAUGUACUGGACGCUUAUCAGUCAGGAACCGCUGCUUUCAAAGCAAGCCUCUCGAGACAUGGACUGUCUCCCGACAAAGUAAGCAAAAGAAAGUAAUUGGUUAUUCAUUUCUCUAGUCUUUCAGAUCGACGAGGCUAUGGAUGAAGUGGUUUCUUCGUUGGAUGACUAUCGUGAAAUAGAAGAAGCAAUGGCAAGACCCAUGCCCUCUGUAGGAAUCUCUGGAGAUGAAGACUUGGAAAAAGAACUGGAUGACCUCGUAAAUGCUCAGAAGGUUUUUCAAAAUCUCGGUGUCAUCUAUUUUAAUCAAUCACUUUCAAGAACGGAUCUCCUCUUCGACUCCCGGAAGCUCCGACAAACAAAUUCGGGUUGUUCGAUGAAGAAGAAACUGUCGAGAAAAGCAUCGAAAAAAGAUUGCAAAGACUCCGUGAAGCUGUGUGA